AUGGUCUGGAGCCCCGCCGUCCCCGCCGCCAUCGAAGUGUUGGAGCGUCUUCGCGACGUCUGCGCCUCAGCCCCGUGUCGCCUCGUCGCAGUCGAUGACAUCGACAUCGCCUUGCAGCCGCUUCGGUACAUCGACGCCCACAGGACCGGACCCAUGCCUCCUGCGGCCCUUUACGCCUCUGCUGAUCGCUUCAAGAAGUCGACGCUUCGUUUGCUUUGGCUCCUGAGCCUCUUGUCCGAUGGACGGCCCGACAACUGGUCCCUCUAUUUCUCGGCCAUGAGCAUGAUCAUCCAGCUCGUCUUUACCCGCGACGACGCUAUCUACGAAGAGGACGGCGAUUUGGAGACGGCUCAGGACGUUCUAGACGCUUACAGGCUGUACAUGCAACCCAUCGACAGGGUCGUCACUUCGAUCUUCGAGAGCCAAAACGAGGCGUUCUUUCCUCUCGUACGUAUGAUGGGUAUACAAUUUGUCUCGCAACAGCUCUUUGCCGGGGUCCUUGCGCAGAACGCUACUGGACUGCCCGAAGCCCUCUUUCUGGGAGGCAUGCGUCGCGCGGCCGGCGCCAAAUACCUCGCGAUCGUCUACCAGGAGCUCGCUCCCGACCGCGUGGCCAUCGCGCCGCCCAACGUGAGGGCCGUUACCGUUCUCGGUCAAGCUGAGGGUAUCGCCUACCCCUUCGACGGCAUCCGCACGCAGUCCGUGUACGCGGGUUCGCUCGUGAACGGGUGGGAGGGAGAGAUCAGCGCUGAGCGCGUUGAGUCUCUUUCUCCCGCGCAAAUACAUGCGCUGAGGUCGCCGCUCACAGUUUGGCCGGGGGCGAAGACGUUCUGCCACCACUGCGCCCAGGUCUUCAAGAGCGGACAGGGCCUUCGCAAGUGCAAGGGCUGCCGGCGCGCCCUGUACUGCGGUGCUCAGUGCCAGAAGCACGACUGGUCCACCGUGCACAAGGUCGCGUGUAAGGUCUGGCGCCUCGUUACCGUGGAGGAGGAGAAGCCGUCGGUUCGCCAGGCGAUCGCGCAGUUGUCGCUGGACGCUGUAGCGAACUUCCCAGCAUAG